CAGUUUUGACUUUUGAGUUUUGUCCGACAAUCAAUGUCAUUGUCAUAUGGAAAAUUAUUUAUUUAUUUAUUUAGCUUUUAUUACAACAAAAAAACAGAAGAACCUUAACUUUUGGAUUUCCUAUAUAAAAAUGAUUAUUUUGUUAAGUGAGUUACAGAAAGAACAUCUCAGUUUAUUAAAUCAGCAUUCUGUACAAGUUUUGAUAGAUUUCUGUAAACUGGCACUAGACUACCUGAACAACGGAAGUAAUGAAAAGAAAUAUAGUAUCGCGUCAGAAAAACUCAAUGUUUCAAUAACGGAGGUACAAAAUUUGGUACAUGCAUUGGUAUAUCUGAUAGUAGAAGCAUCUAGACUUAAUUUGUCAGAUGCAGACUUGAAAUCAUCAUUGGCUAUAGCGGGUUUCUCUACUGAGCAACAAGAAGUAUUGGCAAAGUUGCACAACACCAAGAAAGCUGAGUUAUCCGAUGCAUUGUAUCUUCUGCAACAGAAAGAUCCCACUUACCAGGACCUCUCUUGGAGAUUUGAAAUCCAAGUUGCUUCACGAAGUAACAUGGAACAAAUAAAACCAAUAAUUGCUAUGGAUUUUAUGAUCAUGAAACCUAAAAACUAUGGACUUUAUACUGAUCACAAAGACAGAACAGGGCAUGAGAAAGAAAAAAGUUUAACUCCAAUACAGAUAAAUUCAAGUAUACAAGAUGCCAAAGCCGCAAGUCACUGUCAAAAUAUAGUGAGCCAUAUUCUGCUUCAGUGUGAUCUACCUAAUUUAUUGCAUUUAACAAAUAAACUGGAGCAAGCAUUAAAGGAAUCUAAAAGCCAACAUGUACGAAAAGUACAAAGAUCUCUUUAGACAAAAACAAUAAUUUAUCAGCAGCUCUUAUUGCCAUUUUUUUGUACAAUACAUUAUUACUGAAUA